AGCGCAAGCCAUAAACCCUAACACAGGGCUUUUCCCCUUCUCUCUCGCUCUCUUUCGCUGCGUCCUCGGUUAUGGCUUCUCGCAGGCUCUCAUCAUCUCUGCUCCGACCAUUCCUCCGUCGAUCUCUGCCGGAAUUUCAAGCUCCGACCCCUUUCCGGCUAUUCUCUGUCCCAAACUUUUCCACUCGCGUUUCUCCGAUCGCCAUUACAAAAUUACCUGGGACUGAGGUAUUCUCACAAUUUGAGUCCGGUAAUGGUUUAGCAUCAGUGCUGAGAAGCUCUGGAAUGGGCUUGUACCAGCCAGCUGGGGGGCUUGUACCGCCUUUUGCUAGCAGGUUUAUGUCAACAGAGGCAACUUCUGUUGAUUCUUCUUCUCAAGAUAGUUCGAUGCUGGAGCCUGAAGUUCCUCCUCGUAUCAAAUUUAAGAGAUUAGACAAAACUGCCAGGCACAUUAUGCAGAUUUUAGACAAGGAGGCAGUAGAGGAGGUGAGAGGGCAAAGAGAGAUACCUGACAUAAAGCCCGGUUAUAUUGUGCAACUCAAAGUGGAAGUACCUGAAAAUAAGAGGCGUGUCUCUAUUAUAAAAGGCAUUGUUAUCGCAAGACGUAAUGCUGGACUCAAUACUACAUUCAGAAUUAGGAGGCAGGUCGCUGGGGUUGGGAUUGAAUCUCUAUUCCCUCUGUAUUCACCUAACAUAAAGGAGAUAAAGGUGCUUGACAAGAAGAGAGUGAGAAGGGCCAAACUCUACUAUCUGAGGGAGAGAAUGAACCCACUUAAAAAUUGACAUCCAUCUUCAUCUUGGGGGACAUUUUUUAUGAUUCAUGAUCUGUCAUACUUAGUAUCUACAGUGUAUUUAUUUGCUUUUGUUGUGUCGUCAACUAGAUUUUUUGUUUCAAUGUGGCUUAUUACCACCUAAGAAUUAAGAUUAUGCAGUUUUAUUUCAAUCCUUAGAACCUGUCAUGUUUUGAAAGGGUAAUACGCAAGAAAUUGUAAUAAGAUGCAUUCGUGUUAAAAUUUUCUUGUAGGCAUGUUUUUCCCUGCCAUGUUAAAUUCUUGAAAAAUGGGCUAGCAUUUUAGCUGCCUUUUGUGCCAA